AUGAGGGCCUCAAGAGCCGUGGCCGUCCUUGGUGACGGUCGCAUUCUAAGCUCGAGCCCUGGAGCAAAGCUCUUGAACUUGAGCUGGAGCUGCAGGACGAGCUCUGAUGCGCCGCGACAAUGGCACCAGGCCGCCCAGUUCGAGGGCGCGAGGAGCUUUAGCCAGUCUUCCAAGCGAGGCGCUGCCUUGAAUGCUGCCCAAGAAGCUCUCAAGGCUGCCAAAGAAGCUGCCAACCUGUCCCCCGAAGUUGUCAAGGCGCGCAUGAGUCCCGAAGAGACCAAGCGACUUUCUAUGGUUCGAAACAUUGGUAUUGCAGCACACAUCGACAGCGGUAAAACAACAUGUACCGAACGAGUUCUCUUCUACACCGGCCGUAUCAAGUCAAUUCACGAGGUUCGAGGUCGAGACAGCGUCGGCGCAAAGAUGGACUCUAUGGAACUGGAACGCGAGAGAGGAAUCACUAUUCAAUCGGCUGCGACUUUCUGCGACUGGGAAAAAAAGGAAAACGGAAAAACGGAAACCUACCACAUCAACUUGAUUGACACCCCUGGCCACGUCGACUUUACAAUCGAGGUCGAGCGAGCCCUGCGAGUUCUCGAUGGUGCCGCUAUGAUUCUCUGCGCCGUCAGCGGCGUGCAGAGUCAGACAAUCACCGUCGACAGGCAGAUGAAACGGUACAAUGUUCCCCGGAUUAGCUUCGUCAAUAAGAUGGAUCGUAUGGGUGCCAACCCCUUCAAGGCGGUCGAGCAGAUCAACUCCAAGCUUAGGUUCCCUGCUGCUGCUGUUCAGAUCCCAAUCGGCUCCGAGAAGGAAUUCGAGGGCGUUGUGGAUCUGAUCCACAUGCGCUCCAUCCGGAACGACGGUCAUCGAGGUGUUCAACUCAAGAUCUCCGAUCAGAUCCCCGAGGAUCUCAAGGAACUCGCCCAACAGAAGCGUCAAGAGCUCAUCGAGAAGCUCGCCGACGUCGACGACGAGAUGGCCGAGAUGUUCUUGGACGAGAAGGAGCCUACCCCCGAGCAAAUCAAAGCUGCCAUCCGCAGAGCAACCAUCGCCCUGAAGUUCACUCCCGUGCUGAUGGGUACCGCUCUUGGAGACAAGUCUAUCCAGCCGAUGCUCGACGCCAUUUGCGAUUACCUACCGAACCCCGCCGAUGUGCAGAACAUGGCUCUUGACCGCUCCCAAAAGGAGAAGCCAACAGCUCUGGUCCCGUACAAUGCGCUUCCCUUCGUCGGCCUCGCAUUCAAGCUCGAGGAGAACCCUUACGGUCAGCUCACCUACAUCCGUGUGUAUCAGGGCCAGCUCAAGAAGGGCAGCUACCUGUUCAACUCGCGCACCAACAAGAAAGUCCGUAUCCCCCGUAUCGUCCGCAUGCACUCCAAUGAAAUGGAGGACGUCAGCGAGAUCGGUGCCGGUGAGAUCUGCGCCGUGUUCGGCGUCGACUGCGCAUCUGGCGACACCUUCACCGACGGCAAUCUUCCCUACACGAUGAGCUCCAUGUACGUUCCCGACGCCGUCAUGUCUCUCUCCAUCAAGCCCAAGCGAAGCAGCGACGCCGAUCCCUUCUCCAAGGCCAUGAACCGUUUCCAGCGCGAGGAUCCCACCUUCCGCCUGACAGUCGACGAGGAGUCUGAGGAGACCAUCAUCUCCGGCAUGGGCGAACUUCACCUCGAAGUCUACGUUGAGCGUCUCCGCCGCGAGUAUAAGGUAGAGUGUGAGACGGGUCAGCCGCGCGUGGCCUACCGUGAGACCAUCACUCGCCGCGCCGACUUUGACUACCUCCUCAAGAAGCAGACUGGUGGACCCGGUGACUUUGCUCGUGUCAUGGGCUGGCUGGAGCCGUACGAGGAGGACCCGGAGAAGAACCACUUCGAGACGCAGGUUGUGGGCGGCACGAUCCCUGACAAGUUCCUGGCGGCUUGCGGUAAAGGUUUCGAGAUGGGCUGCGAGCAGGGCCCGCUGUUGGGCCACAAGGUCAUCGGCGCCAAGCUGGUGGUCAACGAUGGCGCGACGCACGUGACGGACUCUUCGGACUAUGCCUUCCAGAUGGCGACACAGUCGGCGUUCCGCAAGGCGUUCAAGGACGCCGGCGGCACGGUGCUCGAGCCGCUGAUGAAGACAACCAUCACGGCACCCAAUGAGUUCCAGGGUAACAUCAUCAUGCUCAUGAACAAGCGCGGCACCAUUGUUGACACUGAGAUCGGCCCCGAGGACUUCACACUUAUCGCUGACUGCUCGCUGAACGCCAUGUUCGGCUUCAGCUCGCACCUUCGUGCCGCGACGCAGGGUAAGGGAGAGUUCAGCAUGGAGUUCAGCCACUAUGCGGCAGCACCGCCACAGUUGCAGAAAGAACUCAUUGCCAAGUACGAGAAGGAGAGAUUCGCGAAAUAG